UUGUCCCUAACUUAUAUUCCUCUCGGCCUUAGUUGCUUCUCAUUCUCCCAUCUCCGAACAAGCCGUCAAGAUUCAAGAAGGAAAAAAAAGAAAGGGUUUGCUCUCUCGUUUCCAGGCUUAACUCUCCUUGAUCAAUCAUGGCUGGCAAGAGCAAUGCUGAUACUCGUCAUCACCUCUCUGUUAACACUCCCCCGCAGAUCACCAAAGAAAUGCAAGGAUUGGAUAAUGUCAUCCCCCUUUCACCGCAGUGGCUUUUGCCAAAGCCUGGGGAUGGUAAACCUGGAAUGGUGACUGGGGAAUCCAAUUUCAGCCCAAGUCCAGGUCAUACCAGCAGUGCAGAUGCCUCAAAAUCUUCAGGAAAUGGUGAGGAAAUCCAAGAUAAUGAGAAGAAAAGGGAUGUUUAUCGGCCAAGCUUGCUCGAUGCAGAAUCUGGUCGUAGGGACUGCUGGCGUGAUGAAGAACGAGACACAGAUUCCUCUAUCCGCAGAGAUCGUUGGAGGGAGGGAGAUAAAGAGCUUGGUGAUGCACGCAAAAUGGACAGGUGGAUGGAUAACCCCUCCAUUCGACACUCUGGGGAAGCACGCCGUGCCCCAUCUGAGAAGUGGACCGAUUCUAGUAACAGGGAAACUAGUUAUGAACAACGCCGUGAGAGCAAAUGGAACACACGUUGGGGGCCAGAAGAUAAGGAGUCAGAAAGUUGGCGUGAGAAGUGGCUAGAUUCUAGCAGAGAUGGUGAAGUGCCUCGUGAUAAAGGAUUAUCUCAUCUGAACAAUCAUGGGAAAGAUGACAAGGAGGGAGACUAUUAUAGGCCAUGGCGAUCUAACUCUUCCCAAAACCGAGGAAGGGCAGAGCCUCAUUACCAAGCUCUGACACCUAACAAGCAGACUCCUACACUUGGUUAUGGCAGGGGCCGAGGAGAAAAUGCACUUCCGAUCUUCUCUGUUGGUCGUGGUAAAGUUAGUUCUGGUGGAAGUGCUGUGAAUAGCACUUCUGCCUAUUCUCAGUCAUUAGGUACUGUCUCAGAUAAGGGUGAAAGUGCUCAUGUGGAGUCUUCCCCUUUAAGUUAUAGUAGGACGAAAUUGCUUGAUAUAUACAGGAUGACUGAUGUGCUUUCCUAUGGAAAGCAGUUAGAUGGAUUUGUAGAAGUUCAUUCUCUUACACAAGCAGAGCCAUUAGAACCUCUGGCACUUUCCACACCUACUGUGGAGGAACUGGUUAUCCUAAAGGGAAUCGACAGGGGUGAUAUAGUGAGCAGUAAUAUUCCUCAGGUUUCUAAAGAUGGUUCUGUUGGACGAAAUUCAACUGAUUUGGUGCAAACUAGACGAACGAAGCUUGCAGGUAGUCGAGAAGAUUUACCGUCUUCCAUUGAUGACUUCAAGGAGGAUUCUGACAGUUCGAAAGCUUUUAGGGAAGAUGUUACUGCCACUAAGAAAGUUAAUGAGCUGGCAGUUAGUAGGGAAAUGAGUGCACAUGGAAAUUCCUCUGCUCAUCCAGGCAUUCCAUGGAGAUCGCAGUCAAUAGGAGAGCGCUCACAUUUACCAUUGCAUGAUUGGAGAGAUUUUCCUACUGAAGUUCGGUCAGCAACUUCUGAAAUGGGCUGGUCACAUUCACAAAAGGAGCAGGCUGCAGAACAGGAGAUUGGUAAAACAGUUCCGCCUUCUUACUACAAGGAUGAAUCUAACUGGCAAGUUGGUGAGGGUUUUCUUUCCGAUAUUGGUCGUGACUCUGUUCUUAGAAGGCAAUCAUCUGAAGUCUUUGACAGGGAAAGGGAAAAUCGGAAGGUUAUGCUGCAGUCUUCUCCGGAGGAGUUAUCCCUGUGUUAUAAAGAUCCACAAGGUGAAGUUCAGGGUCCUUUCUCUGGAAGUGACCUUAUUGGGUGGUUUGAAGCCGGAUAUUUUAGCAUAGACUUGCAAGUACGCCUUGCAAGUGCUUCUCCUGACACACCUUUCUCAUUGCUUGGGGAUGUUAUGCCACACUUGCGAGCAAAAGCAAGGCCUCCACCAGGAUUCAGUUCACCGAAACAGAAUGAAAAUACAGAUACAUUAAGUAGGCCAAAGUUCAGCAGUCUUGGAAAGCUUCAUGCGGGUUCCAGUGAGAUUGAUAUCAUAAAAAAUGAAUCAAGGAGUAGACAUGAAUCUGGGACUGAUGCUGAGAAUAGGUUUUUGGAGUCACUGAUGUCAGGUAACAUGAGCAGUCCUGCACGAGAGAAGUUUGCUUUCCCAGAAGGUCUGCAAGGGUAUAUUGGGAAUAAUUCUGGUGGAAUGCCUCCAGUGGGAGUAGAAAGUGGUAAUGACCUAAAUUACCUCUUGGCACAGAGAAUAUCACUAGAGCGACAGAGGUCUCUUCCCAAUGCUCACCCAUAUUGGCCUGGGAGAGAUGCAGCAUCCAUGGUUCCCAAGGCAGAGCUUGUCCCUGACCCUUCUAGUCAGUUGAAACUCCCAUCUUCGAUGGUAGAUGGCCAUCAUAAGAUUCCUCAUCUUCAGAAUGUGGACUUAAUGUCUGUACUACAAGGAGGUGCAUCUGACAAUUCUUCAUCCUCUGUUAAUGGAAUUUCCAGUUGGUUAAAUUUUCCUGUCCAGAGUGGCUUGGAUGCACGCCAGGAUAAGAUUGACAUGCAUCAUAAUCAACAGUUCUCUGGCCAAACCGCAUAUGUGAUGCAGCAACAGAGGAUGCAACAACAGAAUCAGCCAUCUUUGCCAACUUUAAUUGCUCAAAACAUAGAUCAUCCUACUGGCAUUGUAACCCCGGAAAAAUUACUCACUUCUGGUCUCUCUCAAGAUCCACAGAUGCUAAGUAUAUUACAACAGCAGUAUUUAUUAUCCCAACUUCAAUUAAAUCCGCAGGCACCUGUUCCCGCACAACUUUCACUGCUAGAUAAGCUCAUAUUGCUUAAGCAGCAACAGAAACAGGAGCAGCAGCAGCAGCUAUUGCGGCAGCAACAUUUGCUUUCACAAGUUUUGUCUGAACAUCAGCCCCAUAAUCACUUUCCUGAGCCAUCUUAUGGACAUGUGGCAGCCGGAAAUGCUUCUGUGGACCUUCGUGGGCUUCGUCCGCCACAUGAUAUGUUUCAGAAUAAUUCACAGAUGCCAGUUCCCAAUCUGCAAGAUAGUCACAUGGCUAACUUUACUACUAUGUCCUCGCAACUUCCACAGGAUAUUGCUUACAGUGUCGGUUCCGAAGCCUCUCCUCUACCUUUACCGCAUCAAAUUUUUGGUAAUCCCACACAUCCAAAGGGUUGGGGUGGUACUACACUUCCGGAAAGGAUUGAUGACAUUCAGCAGGAGGAUUCAUUGUUGGUGCCAACUGUGGUGGAUAGCUCACCCUCACUGGAAGUAAUGGACAAUACUUCACUUAAGCCUCCUACCCUACAGGAACACGUGCUUACUUUGGACAGUUGUGCUGAUGUAGUUCAAGCUCAGUUGUCAGAAAGUACACCCACAAGUGGUGAACCUGUUGUAGAAUGUACACCCGAAGCUAUUUCGAUCUCUAUACCUCUAGCAUCUCCAAAAAUCCCUUCUAAGGCUCCACCAGGGGCUGACAAGGCUGAAACAUCUGUUUGUGAACAAAUGAAUGAUGUGAAGCCUCCGUCGGCUAGUCUUGUCGAGGAACUGCAAGGUCAAAAUGAGCAAUGUAAAAUUGAGUCCCCAAUUGUAAAAGAAGUUAAAAAUGCUGAAGUACGUGAGGCAAAGAAGGCUUCAGAGAAGAAGUCCAGAAAGCAAAAAUCUUCAAAGGCUCAAUCCUCCGUGGACCAGUCAAAGGGAAUAUCCAAGGCAUCUCCUACUCUGCCGUUGAAGCAAUCUGAAACUGUGGGAUUAGAGGCAAAAUCUGACAUGCACAUGGAUGUGGGAGAAGCAGUUUAUGGCACAUCACCAGUGACAACAGGAGUAUCUACUUUUGAAACACUAGCUUCUCAACUUAAUAAGAGCGCCUUAGCUGGUAGCAUCUCUAGGAAUGAAGUUUCAUCUAUAGAAGGCAAGGUUGAAACAAGAGAAGUCGAAUCUGUUACAAUGCAUAGCACACAGGGACAUUCAGGACAAAAAGCUUGGAAAUCUGGUCCUGGUCUCAAAGCUAAGUCCCUUCUGGAAAUUCAACAGGAAGAACAGCGGAAGGUUCAGAUGGAGAUGACUAUCUCUGAGAAUGCCACAUCCGUCAACUCUAUGAGCUCCUCAACCCCUUGGGCUGGGGUUGUUGCGAAUGCAGAGCCUAAGAUUGUUAGAGAUAGUCAUCAAGAUGCAGUUAGUGCACAUACUAUCACUGGAAAAGCUGAAAGUUCUGUCAACCCAGUGAGCAAAAAGAGCCAGUUACAUGACCUAUUGGCCGAAGAAGUUUUGGCAAAGUCUAAUGAAAGAAUUACGGAGGUUUCUGUCAAUGUCUCUAAUCUGCCAGUCAGUAUCCAAGCAGAUCUGAUUGUUGACAAUGAUGAUUUCAUCGAGGCAAAAGACACUAAAAAGAGCCGCAAAAAGUCUGCGAAGGGUAAGGGUAUGGCUGCUAAGGCUUCAACACCCAUUGCUUCUGCUGAUAUGCCGAUUGCAUCAAGUCCUAUUGAGAAAGCAAAGAGUUCUCGUCAGGUACAGCAGGAGAAGGAUGCGUUACCCACUCCACCGUCAGGUCCAUCCUUGGGAGAUUUUGUGAUCUGGAAGGGGGAGGCUGCAAAUCCUUUGCCUGCCCCGGCCUGGUCGACUGACUCAGGGAAGCUAACUAAGCCAACAUCACUAAGGGACAUCCUAAAGGAACAGGAGAAAAAGUUUUCCUCAGUCCAGAACCAAAUCCAAAUCCCAUCUCCCCAGAAAGUGCAAUCAACCCGCAACACCCGUGGAAGUGGCUCUUCAUGGCCAGUCUCUGGGUCAUCUCCAUCUAAGGCUGCGUCUCCAAUUCAAAUCAAUUCCCUUGCUUCUGUCCAUUCAAAAUCUAAGGCAGAGGAUGAUUUGUUCUGGGGUCCACUGGAUCAAUCAAAACAAGAAGCGAAACAGUCAGAUUUUCCAUCUCUUGCAAAGCAGAGCGGUUGGGGAUCCAAAGCCACAGCUGUAAAAGGGACUGUAGCAGGAUCCACAAGUCGGCAAAAGUCCACAGGAAGCAGAUCAACUGAUUAUUCUGUUUCCUCUUCUGCUGUUUCCCAGUCCUUGCUAAGAGGAAAGCGGGACACAAUAUCCAAACAGUCAGAGGCCAUGGACUUCAGAGAUUGGUGUGAAAGUGAAUCUGUGAGGCUUACUGGGACAAAGGAUACAAGUUUCCUGGAAUUUUGUCUAAAGCAGUCAACAUCGGAGGCUGAGACACUUCUGAUAGAGAAUCUUGCCUCAUUUGAUCCUGAUCAUGAGUUCAUUGACAAGUUUCUCAACUACAAGGAGCUGUUGUCAGCUGAUGUGAUUGAGAUUGCCUUCCGAUCUCGGAACGAUCGAAGGUUGGAUGGUUUUGGUGUUGGAGAUGUAAAUACAGAGAGUGCAGGUGCUGGGGACUUUGAUUCAGACAUGGCAGCGGAUGGGUCUACCAAGUCAGGAGGCAAGAAGAAGGGAAAGAAAGGGAAGAAGGUGAGCUCAGCGGUUCUGGGGUUCAAUGUUGUUAGUAAUCGCAUCAUGAUGGGUGAGAUUCAAACUCUGGAGGAUUAGGAGAGGUUUGAAGGCAAAGUUGUAAAUACAUUUGUCUGAAGGACACUUUGUAAAUGUUGUUUUAGGAUUUUUUUAACCUCCCCCCCUCUUCUAUAGAGUAGCAGCAGCAGGCAGCACGAGUGUCAGCUGAAGCGGUUUUGUGGAGUAAUUAAUAUUUAAGCGGUAGAGCCCCUGUGAUUUACUUAUUUUUAAGAGAAAGGCCUAGGCCAGGUUAAUUUAAAAUUCAAGGUAACCA